CAAGCUGUCGUGGGGCAGGGCGGAAGUGCUGGCGAGAGCGGCGCGGUUCCGGCAUAGGUUCUAUGCGAACAGCACAUAGGACUUGGCUGCAAGAGCAAGAAGGCAGGAUGUUGUCAAGACCAAAACCUGGGGAGUCUGAGGCAGACCUGCUGCACUUUCAAAACCAGUUCCUGGCAGCCAGAGCUUCCCCUGCAGUGAAGAUUGUGAAGAAAGCAGAUAAGAGGAAGGGGGAGGAUGGGAGCAUAGAUGCUGAGAGACCCCCGCUACAGGACAGCAAGGAUGUAGUCAUGUUGGAUGGUUUUCCUGAUAAUCUCCCAGCUCUAACUCCAGCUCCUCCAAAAAAGUCCAAGAUCAAAAAUGCUUGUGUCCACUUUGAGGAUGAAGAUCUGGAGGACACACUGGAGAGUCAUGAUCAACACAUUACAGCAGUCUUAAGCAAAAUUAUUGAACGAGACACCAGUGCAGCAGCAGUGACCAUGCCAGUGCCCACAGGAGACCCAUUUCCAAGGUCCUUUCACCGCUCCGAGAUAAAAAGUGAGGUAAAGGUGGGAUCUGGAAGAAAAAGCAUCUUUGCGCAGAAGAUGGCAGCGAAAAGAACUGCUGAAAAGGCAGCAACAGCUCCCUCUGCUGCCGACUGUGUGCAAGUAAGAUCAGCUGCGCUGGAUGCCUUGGAUCCUGAGGAAUCAGCGGGAGAGACACCUCUCCCCAGCAUCAGGGGUGAUCUUACCGAUAAAGCUGGUGACUUUUUGACCUCUCAGCGUCCUUGUCUCAUAACGGGAGAGGGUCUUGGAAGCCAGAAGAGUGAGCAGGAAGCUGAAGCUAUUCACAAAGAGAACUUGGAGAAGCUGCGGUCCAUGUCUGAGGAAGAGAUCCUGCAGGAGCAGGCAAGGCUUCUGGCUCAAAUGGAUCCCAGUUUAGUUGCUUUCUUAAAGUCACAACGUGGUAACAAUGAAGGCCAGAAAAAAGAGUUAAAAAUGGAACAGACCAGACCAGAGGAGUUUGUGGAAUCUCUGCCCAUGGGUCAACAUGGUGUAAGAUCAUCUCUUUCCAUGCAGGAGUUGGGUCUGGAAGAAUCUGUAAGGAAGGAAGAAAAUAAGAAGGUAGAAAUCACAGAUGAUGAUCUGCCUGUGAAGCCCAGGAAGGAAUGGAUUCACAUGGACAAUGUGGAGUUUGAGAAGCUAGAAUGGAUGAAAGAUUUGCCUUCACCCCGGCAGAAGAAAACCAAAGAGGGAAUGCAAGCUCGAUUCAGUUUAAAAGGAGAAUUGAUUCCUGCAGAUGCUGAUUUGCCAACACAUCUAGGCUUGCAUCACCACGGAGAAGAGGCAGAGAGGGCUGGUUAUUCUCUCCAAGAGCUCUUUCAUUUGUCUCGCAGCCAAGUUACACAACAGAGGACACUGGCUCUACAAGUCCUAGGUCGUAUUGUUCAAAAGGCCAGGGCUGGAGAGUUUGCUUCCUCCUUGAAAGGCAGCGUUCUGCGUCUGCUGCUUGAUGCUGGAUUUCUCUUCUUGCUGCGCUUCUCUCUGGAUGAUGCAGUGGAUAAUGUCAUGGCAGCAUCUGUUGGUGCUCUCCGGGCUCUGCUGGUGUCCCUUGAUGAUGAGAAAUAUCUUGAUUGGACUUUCUCAUGGUACCAAGGGAUGGCUACAUUCCCCUUUGUCCCCAACAAUGAGGAGGAAGAAGAUGAGGAAGAGGAAGAAUUAAAUGGAACAGAGAAAUCUCAAGAUAAAAAAUUAAAGGAUGAAAACAAGCCAGAUCCAGAUGUGGCCCGAUAUGAUGUUGUAAAGGGACUUUUAAAGACACGGAUCCAGCACCGGCUGAGGUACAUCCUGGAGGUGGUGCGACCUGUUCCAACGGUAGUCCUGGAUAUACUGCACAUCCUCACCCACAUAGCAAGGCACUCCUCUGAAGCAUGUAGCCAGCUGCUUGACUGUCCGCGGUUGAUUGAAGCCAUUGUCAGGGAAUUUCUCCCUACUCGGUGGGAUCCCCAAGUGGCUGAACCAGGAUUUUUACUUACCAGUCUCCAUGGAGUUGCUUGUGCCAGUGCUAUGAAGUUCAUCAGAGUGUUGGCAUCCGGAGGCCGAAAUGCAACAGCCAGGCUGCUUAACAAAUUUGAAAUGAAAAGUCGAUUAAGUCGAUUUAUAGCUGAAGACCCUCUGGAUCUGCUUCUGCCAAGGGAAGAAGCCAUCAGGCUAAGCACAGAAGCCUUCCGGUUUUGGGCUGUGGCUGCUGGUUAUGGACAGGCCUGUGAUCUCUACAGUGAUCUCUACCCUGUGCUGGUGAGGAUACUGCAGUCCCUGCCUGAGUUGCUCAGCACUUGCGCUGGUAGGAGCCCUAUGGUUGAGCUGUCUGUCCAGCGAGCUGCGGCAGUAGUUACUCUGUUGAUACAUGUGACACAAACAGCAGGCUACACGGCAGAGCUGCAGGCCAAGCUGAGCAGUAAUAGCUCAGAAGACAGCGUACAGAUUCCACCUCCUCCAGUAGCAUGGAAUCAAGUGUCAGGCUUACAGCCCUUCCUUGAGACAAGUCUGAAAAAAAUCCUUCAGGAGAUAUCCCAUACAGAAACUUGGCAAACUCUCCAGCCUCUGACCACAGCUUGUGUGAUCUACUUGGGAGUUUAUUAUAGUGCUUGCAGCCAACAGCCAUCAGUCAAUCCAAUUGACUACUUAGAGGAACUGGAGCGUUUGACAUCUCAGGUGCUGCAACCCCUUCUCAGCCAGCCAACCAUACAGAGCAUGUGGGACUUGCUCAGGCCGUGUUCUGCUUUGUGCAACCCUCUGUCCUGUUCCCCGGCACCAGAAUCCGUCAUCAGCAUUUCAUCUCUGAGUUGCACUGGAGGCAAACCUCCUUUGAGCCUGGUUGGCUCCAAGUCACCUUUCCCCUUCCUUACUGCCCUCCUGUUUCUCAUCAAUAAUAUCACUGAUAUUCACAAGGGCCUGACCAGCAAGUACAGCUCUGUGCUGGGCUUCAGAGGCUUGAAGGAUUAUCUGCAUCAAAGCUGGCAGACUGGACCUCCCUCUGUGACUCCCUCAUCUGCAUGGAUCCUACGCCAUGAGUAUCAUCUGCAGUACUUUGUGUUAGCAUUGGCUCAGAAAAUGGCAGGCGCUUGUCCGAAUUACACCCAGCAUGCCUCACUCCAUCACUGUGUUGCCAUGGCAUUGCUAAGCCGUCUGUUGCCAGGGAGCGAGCAUCUGGCUCACAAGGUCCUACUGGAUCUUGCCUUUAAUCCAGAGUUUCUUCCUGAAGGGAAAGCCGGAGGGCCAGAAGCAGCUGACUUCUCUGAUAUUCUGCAUCUGGGUACCAGUGCAAAACUGGCACAGCCUGGCUCUGCGACAGCGGUUUUUUCAAAGGUUACUCGUGGUGCCCUGCUGAGAGAAUCGUAUCAGAAUCUGCCUUCCAUUCGUUCCUGUUACCUUUCUCAUUUUGUCCACUUGCAGCCCACUCUUAUGCAUUCCCAAGCGUCCUACCAAGGGCGGAAUUACCUCAUCCAGUCAAUGCUGCUUCCUGAGGUCAAAGGGCCCAUCCUGCCUUCAGACUGGCCGUUCUUUCCACUUAUCAGCCUCUACAACAAAGUGACUAAUGCAGAGACACAUGGGGCUGUACUGAACUCUCUCCCACUUGAUCUUGUCAACACUGUGACCUGGAACUUGCAGUGGGUCUUACUGCUGGAAACCUGGCGUGCUAAAACCCUUCAGAGCAUCCCUACUGCUGCCAAACUUGCACGGCUUAUGUGUGUCUUCCUCACAGGCUGUGACCUCUUUCUAGAAGCACCAAUCCACCGCUACACAGCUGGCCUUCUCUCUGUGUAUUGCCAACCCAAGGCCCUGGACUCCCUGAACUUGGAUGCUCCUCUCCCUGGUUUGGCAUCCUUCCACGACCUCUAUAUAAGUCUCCUGGAGCAGUUUGAAGGUGUCUCCUUUGGAGACCCACUGUUUGGAGUCUUUGUUCUUCUACCUCUACAGAAGCGUUUCAGUGUUCAUCUGCGUCUCUCUGUUUUUGGGGAGCACACAAAUAUCCUGCGGGCCCUUGGAGUGCCGUUACAGCAGUUCCCUGUGCCGCUUGAGCGAUACACUUCCCCUCCUGAGGAUAACCUGAACCUCCUGCGACUCUACUUCCGAACACUGGUCACUGGUGCGCUGCGUCACACCUGGUGCCCUGUUCUUUAUGUGGUGGCUGUGGCUCAUGUGAACAGCUUUAUUUUCUCCCAAGAAAGUGCAACGCAGGAAACUGAUGCUGCUCGGAAAAGCAUGCUGCGGAAAACAUGGCUGUUGGUGGAUGAGAACUUGAAAAAACACCUGCUGUACUACAGACUGCUGAAUGCAGAGAACCCUAUGGGAUUUGACCUUUAUGAGCAGCUCCCUCCCAUGAGACUGAAGUACCUGCAGAUGGUGACACAGAAAGAAAAUAAGGAGAAUGCACCAGCGCUAGACUCAUAGCAAAACACUUGUGCAAGAAGAGAGCCAAGGUGAAGAGUGGAAGAGCUCAGUUUAUACUUCACUGAUGAAACUACUUGCAGCUCAGAUGGUUUUAGUGUUUACCUGGACAUUCUUGGCAUCUUUGCCAUGCGAAGCACUGGUAGAAUGCUCCCAGCUCUGCAGAACAGUGCACAGAAUUUGUGUGUGUGGCCUUUCUGUGUUGAAUGUUGGAGCAUUUUCCUUCAUUUUCUUUCGUGUUGUUCUUCUUCCCAGAGAAGGUGAGGAUGUGUCUGAAAGGCACUGGACUGUUGGAUGAACUGAAGGAAGUGGAAAAGCUAUUUCAUUCAGUCAGGCUGGAAAUGGGGUUUUCAAGAUGAUGUCUGUCUUCCCUAGAUAUUUCCCUUGCUUUUUUUGUACCCUGAAUUUUGAAUGGUCCUUUCCCCACACUAUCCCCUGCAAAUAGAAUGAUGAUAUGACAGGGAAAAAGCUGAUCCUGAGAGCUCUUUUUUUCCUUAAAUUUAAUAUAUAUACAAGCAGUUUUUCCAGGAGAGUGUUCUGUGCAUACAGAUGUAUUGUGUCAGACCUCUAAGAAAUAUUAAUACCUAGUGCAGUGGUACAAACAUGAACAUCUUCUCUUGACUGUCUUUUGGAUAGUCCCUGAACUGUUUUCUUUUUUCCCUUAAUUUGGUUUCAUGUAUAACAAGAUCAAAAAUAAUUUAGAGAAAAAAAAAGUAUCUGCUUGUUUAGCUAGAAUAUGUAUUGGUUGCCUUCUGAGGAGAAUGCAAUUUAAAUGUUGAAGUGGAGUUUCUUAGCUCAAAUGUAGUUUUAUCAAUGUUUAAUUUGAUCCCACUUCUACAUCCAAAUUCUAUAUUGCAACCUUAGACACAAGGCUAAAAGGCUCCUCACAAGUGCCACAUCAAGUCCAGAAUUUACUCUAGGUUUGAUCCCCCUGGAUGUUUUCUUUAUAUCCAGUAAUUUUUGCAGAACUACAGUCACUCUGGCAGGCUUUUGUUUGGAGAACUUUAACAAGGUUUGUUCAUAAAAGUAUUUCUGAUCUUUUGUUCUUACAAAUAAAUUCCUCUGGAAGGUGCAGGGUAAUGCCUAGUGUGAAGGCCUAAGCUCCUGUUGUUACCUAUCAAACAGGCCAAGUUAGCUUCCCUCCGAAGAAACCAUGCCUGUAUUAACCUUGCUCCAGCCAAUGUCCCAAGAGGAGUGUGAAACACUGUUAAUAGGCUUGCUUGUAGUUAUUGAAAUUGUUCAGACAAGAAACAAAGUCCAGAUAGCAGCUUUAUAGACUCAAAGAAUCAUUUAGUUUGGAGAAGACCUUUUAAGAUCAUUGUGUCCAAUGAUAACAGUAUCUUUCUUUCACCUAAAAAGUGAAGUGUUGCUGCCCCCUCAAAUGGCUACAUAAUCACACAGGGCUUAGGGCAUUUGUGACUGGGAUGCUGUCUUUGUAUUGGCAGUUUUCUAAGUGUACCAGUCCCCCUUAAGUUGCCAAAAAAUAAACAGUUUCAUUUUCCCUCACCUUAUUUCAGAAAGGGCAAAACGGGCAUUUCCAUUCAGUCUUUUUUCUGCUUUUGUCUAGAUGGUGAGAGCCCAGCAGUUGUCUUUCAAGAGCAAUGGAUGGUAAAAUUUAAGGACUCCUAGCUGCCCCUUUAAGACCAGCCUUCAUCAAGGACUUUGCCUUUUGCUUUUCAGACCUCCAGUUAUAAAAUCUCUUCCAGUACUUUGUGCGAUGCAAAGUUGAGUUUUGUAAUGUGUACAGGGUGUAAAUAAAUAUUUUGAGAACUCUGCAG